AUGGUAGCGCAAGGCUCACGAGCCAAGCCCACCAGGCGCUUGAAAGGUGGCACCGAAACUACCAAAACACACCGAUUCGAGGGCUUUUCACAACGUAUCGCAAAGCUCAAAAUCGAUCCGAUCCACCGAGUGCGCCGGGCAAGCUUUGGUGAAGAUGAAGGCGAAACAACGUCUUACUUCCGGUCGGCCCUUGACCACUGGGUUGAUAUGAACCUGUCAGACAAUUUUACACAAUUCACUCGCCGUGUCAAUGCCCUUUCCGAGAGUCUCGCCCAGAUUGUAUACCACGAAGAGAAGAUUAUGGGCUUGCUGGUGGAAUUUAUUGAGAAACGAGACCAGAACUCCUUGGAGCCGCUGCUGAGCUUGCUUGCACAAUUUGCCAGAGAUCUAGGAGUUCGCUUUGAGAAGCACUUUGCCACCUCCGUGACUCUGGUCGCAUCUGUCGCAGCUACACAUCCCGAUGUCGAGGUCGUCGAAUGGAGCUUCACUUGCCUGGCAUGGAUCUUCAAAUUCCUGUCUCGUUUGUUGGUGCCAGAUCUACGCCAACUGCUCAAAAUUAUGACUCCUUAUCUUGGCAAGGAGCGACAAAAGCCAUUCGUUGCUCGGUUCGCCGCCGAGUCCAUGUCCUUCCUGAUCCGCAAAGCCGGCCUUGUCUACUACAAGAACAAGACACCACUCGAAAACGCUGUCUCCUUCCUCUUCGAAGAUGUCACACAAACUGUCGAGGAGGGGAAGAGUAUCGACUCAUAUAAGGAGGGUCUGAUGGUCAUGUUUGCAGAUGCUAUCAAGGGCGUCAACCACGGUCUCCACUCUAAUGGAGUUGACGUGCUUCGCUGUGUCUUGGACCAAGUUCCUUCAACAACAGCAAACAACCGGGUCCCUGCAGAGGUUGCCUCUGGAGUCGUGAUCAACCUCAUUCACCACACCACUCCGGAUACAUUUGGACCUAUCAUUGAUACCGUCAAGGAGUAUAUUGAGAUUCGCUCAAAAGAGGGUCGAAAUUCUAACUUCCCCCAAUGCUGUCGCCUUAUAUUCGUUUGUGUGGCAACUCGCAAGGCCUCCAGAAUUAGAGAUUGGAAGGCGGUUCAUCAAACGCUCGUGUCGCUCCUCAAACAGGCCGCUGCAAGCCCUGAUGAUCACUCGGAAGCAAUCCCUCAGCUACUUGGAGCUGUGGCAUAUGCUCUUCAGCUGUCACCAAUGGACGAGAUGCUGCCGUUCAUGCGCUCCUUCAUGGACCUCGUCUCAACCGGACCCCUGUCAAAGUAUUUCCUGUUCUUCUGUACCACAUUUUCAGAGUGGGGUUCUGAGCGGUUCCAAAGUUUGCUGGUACCUUACUUCCAAAAGUUCAUCAACUCAUCCUGGAAAGAGCAUGAAUUCGAGAUGUGCAUGGCUCUUCUCAAACUCCACGAGACUGGAUGCAUCACCCCCGAGGUAUCAAGGCCAGGUUAUGUGUCCUGUCCUGAUGGUCUAAAGACCCGUAUCUACGACUCCUUGGUCUAUCCUGCCAAGGAUCAGAGCAUUUUGAAUGCUUUGGUGAAACUUCCAAAGGCGAUUUCUCUAUUUGCAGACCCGGCCACCUUGUCAAAGAUUGUCAAGAAGUUGCACGAGAAUAUUCUGUCCGCAAUGAAAGAUGCUGCCUCUGAGACCGAUAGCGAGAAGAUUGAUGGGCUUACAUUCUAUCUUGGCCAAGGGUUCAAAACCUAUGUCGAGCUGGCAAAAGAGGCCGGAGAGCUUGAUUCGAGCCUUUGGCAGCCUAUCCUCGCUGCUUCCACCAAAUUUUCACGACUGCCCCUCUUCCUGGAAGGCGUUCUUGCAUUCAUGUGUGCUGUGCAGAGGCAAGACGCAGAACCCGAGACCGCUUCAGUGGAUGAGUUCGCUUCCAGUCUGAUUCUCAAUUUGGCCGGCCCGUCUCAUCGACUUAGGUUCGUUUCUCUUCAUAUCCUACAGCAAUUGAUCGUUCAAUAUGCCAAGGAAGACCACUCGGCAGUCGCGCUUGCCAUCGAGGUGGAAGAAACUCCCCUGACUUUGCAGAGCGCGAGAACAGUCCAGAUGCAUGUCCGUAAACUGGCGCUUCUCUACCCACAAAUUGCUUCGCGCAAAUGGAUGGCCACUUUGAUUCCGUACUUCUGCUUUGGUCUGUUCUCUAAGAAGCUGGCCCCCCUGUGGGAUGAUUCUGCUGCGGCCUUGAAGACUAUCAGCGAGCACCCGGAAGGAGAGAAGAUUGUCUCCGAUUUGUCUAUCCAGUGGUUGCAGGAGCGGGACUCUGACACUGCUGGAGACGAGGAGCCGGAGGAUGAGAAAGAUAACAACUUCGUCGCCAGUGAUUAUGAGUGUUUCAACGUCAACAACAUUGAGCGCACUGUCGGAACCAACUGGACCGUUGCUCAAUCUCCAUCGAUCACCCUCUCCCAGCAAUUCGAGAAGGAACACAAAAUUGCUGAUCUUGUUCCUGCUUUGCCUCGAAACCAUGCCCUGCAAGUGCUGAACGCUGCUCCCAACGUUGCCGAGAAGCGAUCUCGUCAGAUCGUCCCGCUGUUUUUGUCUUGGGCUCUUCGUGAUGAUCAGGAUGACGCUCCUGGAAAUGAUGCCAAGACUGAAGCUGACGACUCUGAGGCGCCAAUCCGAUGGGGAUUCAAGGACCGUUUAUCUAUGCUUGCCCUGUUUGGCCAGUUCUUGAACCCCAAGGUUCUAUACAGGGCUUCAGAAGUCCAUGAAGCUGUUAUGGGUCUGCUUUGUCACGGUAACUCGGAGAUUCAGAAAGCUGCCCUCAAAGCUCUCUUUACCUGGAAGAAUGCCCAUGUCACCCCCUACCAAGAGAACUUGCUCAACAUCCUGGAUGAGUCCAGAUUCAAGGACGAGCUGAUGGUCUUUGUUCGUGUUGGUGGUGAAGACAGCCUGAUCGAGCAGGAGCACCGUCAAAUUCUGAUGCCAGUGCUUCUUCGGCUGCUUUAUGGUCGCAUGAUCUCCAAGGCGGGUGCUAGCUCGACUCAAGCUGGCCAAUCUGGCCGCCGCAAGGCUAUUCUGCGUACCCUUUCGCAUCUUUCGGAGGAUGACUUCAGACUUUUCAUCAACAUCUCGUUCGGCCCCCUUGCCGAGGUUGCCAUUACUAGCGACGCAGAGACCGAUGAAAAGGCGUUCUUGGAGGAAUUGACAAGCCCAAGACGACAGCUUGGUCUGCUCAAAAUGAUCGAUACCGUUUUCGACACCCUCCAGAGCCGUAUGACUGCCUACACCACUCAGGCUAUGAAUGUGAUCAUAUACUGCUUGGUACGAGCAUGCAGAUCUCUUUACGAUGAGAAGAGCGCUCUAUACAUCGAUCGCCAAGACGAGCGCUCUCUGUCCAUGUUCCAGAACAUUCGCCAAUCCUGCAUCCGAUGCUUGAGCUUGGUCUUCUCUGUCUCUUCCGAUCAAGAUUGGACUUCAUACGUCAAGAUCAUCUUCCGGGAGCUUAUCGACAACAGAUUGGAGCAGUUCCCUAUCGAGACCGCACAGGGUGUUUCUGGACUGCUUCGUCUGUUCCAUACUUGGGCUUCUGCUCCGCGAUCGACUUUCUACCUGGUGAACCACAACAAGGACGUUUUGACCAAGGUCAUCGACGUCCUUGCCGUUGAAUCCGCUCGUGAUGAGGUGAAGAUCUUCGUCUUGGACGAAGUUCUCGUGCCUUUGGUUAAGUUGGCUAGUGGCAUCAAGCUUAAGGAUGAUGGUGAAGACGAAGACGAAAAAAUGCCGGAUUUCCCACCGGAGCAGAUUCGCUUCGAGGUUCUCUCCCCUUGCCUCGAGCAUGCCCUCUCUCACCUAGGCCGCCUUCUAAAGAGAGGUCCCUCGAAGCCUGUUCUGUUCUCGGGUGUUACUGCUCUGUCUCUGACCGCACCCUGUGUUGAAUCCUCUGGUGAGACCUCCAGUCUCAUCAGUAUCGCAACCUACCUGCUUCGUCAGCCUCCAGACCGUGUCAACCCCAAGACCAAGUCUGGGCUUUUGCGGAUUCUCGAGCACUUCCUUCCUUUGUGGAGCCCCAAGGACGAUAAGGAGCUCUCUCAACAAGUCUUCGAGGCAGUGUCGUCCAUGUUCGACUACUUUAAGGACGACGCGAACAGAGAGGUCUUGGCCAGAGUUUUCACUGCUCUUGCUACGCACGAUCAACAACUCAGUCAAGUCGCUGAACUUUGCGCUGAUUUGAACUCUCGCUCAGCAAAGAGGCUUGGCCCGGACUACGAGCGUCGCCUCCAGGCUUUCAGAAAGAUCAACGAUGAGUUGUCUCAAUCUCUCAAUGCCAAGCAGUGGAGACCUCUCCUCUUCAACAUGCUCUUCCACGUCAAGGAUGAAGACGAGCUCGCUAUCCGAUCAAGCGCCGCUUUUGGUCUGAAGCGUUUCAUCGAGAGAGCAGCAAGCGAAGCAUGCGACGAAGGUUUCGAGGCUCUUGUCAAUGAUGUUCUCCUCUCGUCGUUGAAGUACGGAAUUCGUCAGAAGUCCGAACUGAUCCGGUCUGAGAUUGUUGCCGUCCUCGGUUACUUUAUCAAGCUCAAUCCCACCAGGCCUUCUGUGCAGGAUAUGCAUGUCCUUCUAGUUGGCGAUGACGAUGAAGCAUCUUUCUUCAACAACAUCCUCCACGUCCAGCAGCAUCGUCGGCUGCGCGCUUUGCGUCGACUUGCUGCAGAGGCUGGCAAAGGAAAUAUCGAGUCCACGAACCUGGGCACCAUUUUCAUGCCUCUCAUCGAGCACUUUGCUUUUGACGAAGCCGAAGAUGAGAGUGGUCAUAAUUUGAUCGCCGAGGCUGUGGCCACCAUUGGGUCUCUGGCAGAGUGGCUGGAUUGGAGUCAGUUCCGUGCCAAUUUCCGCAGAUAUCGCAGCUACAUGCAGAGUAAAUCUGAGAUGGAGAAGAACAUUCUCAGACUCCUGGGUCGCAUGUCUGAUGCUCUGUCUAGCGCGAUGGAUCAGAAGAAGACCACCAGUGACGAAGUCAAUGGCGAUGCCCCUGAAGAUGCUGACAAGAUGGACGUGUCCGAGGAAACUCAAUGCAGGCUCGCUAAGACACUGCCAUCUCUUGAAAAGGUCUCGACGGAGCUGACAACCAACUUUAUUCCCUUCUUGACCAACUUCAUUCAUCACAAGCAGGAGACUGAAAUGAGUUUGCGUCUGCCCGCCUCAGUCACGACAAUCAAGCUGCUCAAGAUUCUUCCCGAGCAGGAGAUGGCUAUCCGUCUCCCCGCCGUCCUCCUGGAUGUUUGUAGUACUCUGAAGAGUAAAGCUCAAGAUUCUCGAGACACUGCACGAAAGACUCUGAAUGACAUUGCCCUCUUGCUCGGCCCGGUUUACUUUGGCUACAUUCUGAAGGAGCUGCGCAACACUCUUCUCCGCGGUUAUCAACUGCAUGUCCUCUCCUUCACUGUCCAUUCCAUGCUCGUCGUGACUACGGAUCACUUCAAACAAGGCGACUUGGACUACUGUUUGGAAGACCUGGUUGCCGUUGUCAUGGACGACACCUUCGGCACGGUUGGUCAGGAGAAGGAUGCUGAAGACUAUGUCAGCAAAAUGAAGGAGGUCAAGAGCAACAAGAGUUACGACUCCAUGGAGCUUCUUGCUAAGAAUGCCACUAUCCGCCACCUGGCGAGCCUCGUUCGCCCGCUCCAAUCACUGCUACGGGAGAAACUCAACUCCAACAUUGUCAAGAAGCUUGAUGAGCUCAUGCGACGAAUUGGCAUUGGUCUUCUAAGGAACCCUCUUGCUGAGAGCCGGGAGAUCUUGGUGUUCUGCUACGAGAUCAUCAAGGAGUCUUACCAGGACAAGGCCCCAGCUACCGCUCAGGCUACGGCCCGGUCGGAGAGGGAGGAACGUUUCCUGGUCAAGUUGCAAGGAGGCAAGCGUGGCGAGAAGCGUGGCACGACUUCAUCCCACGUUUACAAGUUGACUCGGUUUGCGCUUGACAUUCUGCGCGCCAUCUUGAACAAGUUCAGCUCGCUCCUGACUGCAGCCAACCUCUCUGGAUUCCUGCCCAUUAUUGGUGAUGCGCUUGUGCAAGCCCAGGAAGAAGUCAAGAUCUCUGCUCUACGCCUGCUUUCCACGAUUAUCAAGCUCCCGCUACCCGAGAUUGAUAAUAACUCACAUGUAUACUUGACGGAGGCCGUGAAGAUGAUUAAGGAGUCAACAAGCACCAACACCGAGGCUUCUCAAGCUUCGCUGAAGCUGAUCUCUUCCAUGAUCCGUGAGCGAAAGAGCACCAAGCUUCGUGAUGGACACCUUGCCUAUCUGCUCCAGCGUCUGACGGCCGAUAUCGAGGAGCCUGACCGUCAAGGUGUGACGUUCAAUUUCAUCCGAGCGGUCAUGUCGCGCAAGUUCGUUGUUCCUGAAAUGUACGAGCUGGUCGACAACAUUGCUACCAUGAUGGUCACCAAUCAGACUCGUUCUGCACGCGACCUGGCACGGGGUACUUACAUCCACUUCCUCAUCGAGUAUCCGCAAGCCAAGAGCCGAUGGGCGAAGCAGCUGGGAUUCCUCGCCAAGAACUUGGACUACAAGCACCAAGAAGGACGGCAAUCUGUAUUGGAGGCAAUCCAUUUGCUCUUGUCGAAAACGGGUGACGAGAUGGCUCAGGAUAUCGUCAGCACCUUCUUCCUGCCCGUUGUUCUUGCUAUGGCCAAUGACGACUCCUCAGAAUGCCGUGAAAUGGCGGGUGCAUUGCUGGGACAGUUCUACAGCCGAGCAAACAAGGAACAGAUGAAGACUAUUCUGACUCCCCUUCACUCUUGGUUGGAGCAGACCGACAACAUGGCUUUGGGUAGUAUCGGCUUGCAGGCCAUGCGGAUCUACUUUGAGGCUGAGGAGACUGAAAAGGAGAAGGAGGGACGCUUCGUUACCAGCAUUCUUCCAGACUUGAUGCAGUCCGUCCUUGAUGAUCAGGAGAACGGAAACUGGGAGACUCUCUACUUCGCAUUGCAGCUCUUCACCAAGCUCUGCAAGACGAACCCAAGUCUUGGCCUGAGCCCCGGUUGUACCUCCAUUUGGGUCGCUAUUCAAGAGUCGCUUUUCUUCACUCACGCAUGGGUCAAGACCUGCGCUGCAAACCUCGUUGGCAUGUGGCUGGCUGAUGUGGCGAAAACACAUGCUGCCACCGGAUACAGCGAGAUUCCCUUGGCUUGCAGCUCUGGCCUCAUCCUGGACAAAGAAUCAAUGCUCAAACUGCUCCGGGCUAGUCUGCGGUCUCUUCGCACCCCAGGCAUCUCCGAGGAACUGGCUAUGCAGAGUGUCCGUAACCUGGUCUUCCUUGGUCGAUGCUGUGCGCAGAACGGUCUGGAAUUCCAAAAGACCGAAGCCGAGGCCGCCGAGGAAGCCGAAUCUGAAGAUGAGGACGAGGAUGAAGAUGCCGGAAGCCAAGUCAACGGCGAAGACAACAAGACGAAUGGCACACAGUCAAAGCAAUCUGCCAUUCGCUACAUCUUCUCGCAGAUUUCGUCACUGCUGCGCCGGGAGGUUAUCUCAACCAGACCCAAUGUCCUGGUCCCGAAGACUGCCUCCAUCGCUCUCCUCGCCGCCCUCAUCCGCCAUCUUGAGGCUGAACAAAUCCUCCCAUCUCUGCCCGUCAUUCUCCUACCGCUGCAGCACCUGACCGACCCGUCCAUUCCCACGCCCCGCUCUUCGGACGAGAACUUCCAGAAUACCUACAAGGCCCUGGUCUCGAACUGCCACGAGGUCCUGGACUCGCUGCAGAAGAAGUUUGGCACCACCGAGUACAUCGCCGAGAUGACCAAGGUCCAAGAUCAAAUCAAGGAACGUCGUGAAGGCCGCCGUGUCAAGCGCCGUAUUGACGCCGUUGCUGAUCCUGAGCGCUUCGAGCGUGAUAAGAGGAGGAAGAAUGAGCGGAAGAGAGUCAAGCGCCACGAGAAGGGCUUGGAGCACCGCGGCAAGAGACGUGGUUGGUAA